AUGCCGCUACCCAGCAAGCCUCAUUCGCUCGACGUGAACCCCGCUAUAUGUACCAUGCUCAACCCAUCUGUGGAGCGUGUAUACAUUCUAACCGAAUCUGUGCUACGUUUUGUAAUUGAGCACGACCGACUGCCAUUCACCGUUGAAGAGUCGCAUGAGUUCUCAGCUCAUCUCGUACACGACGUUGGAUCGAUCGCGGAGGAUCCGCUCGGGCAAGGCGCACCCGUUGUGUCUGCGACCAAUCACGUCAGUUCGACCCGGAAGACUCUUGGCGGGGGGACCCGUAAGGUCGCUUGCGAGUCAUGCUACGAGGCGCGGAAGCGGUGCGAAGGUCCGUGGCCAUGCUCAGGCUGCAAACGGCGGCAGCUACCAUGUGUCCCACGCAAGCCGCGCCCCCGUAAGGCUCGCGCAAUCCGGUUCGCAAAGGAUUUUGCGGCGCACGCUCCCCAUGUUGGAAACCACGAUGAGCACUCCAGUGCCACCUACCUCCUUGGAGAACACGUCAACGCCGAGCCCGGAUUCCUGCCAGACUACUUCUCGGCAUGGCACCGGAACGAUGACGUGGACGUGGCCCCCAUGCAGCACCCGACGUUCGUCUCGUCAUCACCCAACAUCUUUGAAUACGCGUCUGGAAGCUACGACCGGCUUACCUGA